CGCAGACACAACUGUCAUCUUAUUUCGUGGCUGUGUCACGACGUGAGAAAGUUUAUAAUAGAACAGGCAUCUUCCACCAGUUGUUACAAUGGCGGAAAGGCCAGUUCAACAAGAUGCACCAGGAGUGGCAAAGAUUAAGCCAGAGUUUCUUCUUCUGGAUUACAAGCCAACUUUAGACACGGAGUAUGUAUCUGAAGAAGUAAAACAACAGCUGGAGGGUGCUGCAAAUGACAUAGAUGAAAAUGAACCGUCGGGGCCUCCAAACAAGAAAAUUAAACUGAAAGGGCGAAACAAGCAGAGGCCCAAAGGAAAAAAGAUCGAAGCAAGCGAUAAACUUUGUCCUGCGAUAAUGCAAGAGAGGGAGUGUUCAUUUGGGGACAAAUGUAAAUUUAACCAUGACAAAGCUAAGUUUAUUGCUAGCAAGCGUGAAGAUAUUGGAAGCGAAUGUUAUUUAUUCAAAACUUACGGUAAAUGUCCAUAUGGAAUCGCAUGUAGAUUUGCCAAGUCUCAUAUGACAGAAGAUUUCAAAAAUGUUGUCAAUGCUGAGGUAGCAGAAAAGAAUUCUCGGGAAAGUCAUAUCACAAAUGUUUUGAAGAAGGAUCUGCAGGUUUCUUUAUGGAAAAGAAGGUAUGAUUUUUCAAAGUCCGAUAAAGUGUUAGAAAAGGUUUGCCCAUGGUCAAAAGACCAGAAGAGAAGGGACUUCAAUAAAAAUACAAACAUAGCACCAAACAAAGGAGAUAAUGUAGAAACUGAAAAUAAAGCUGAGGUAGGCAGUGUUGCAGCUGAGAGUAGUGAACGAAAGGAAUCAUCAAGCAUAUUGGCACAGUCUAACAAUGGAGCCUCAGAUGGUUCGGCUGUUGGGAAUGGGCAGCAGCAUGUUGUGGCGGAAAGACUUUCAGCCAACGUUGAUGCUGCCUCGGGAAUCGAAUGUGAGAACACAUCAGUGGCUGAUCUAAAUGUUCCGGAAGCAAAAAAAAUUGACUUCUCAGACAAGCUGUACCUGGCUCCACUCACAACGGUGGGUAACUUGCCAUUCCGGCGCAUAUGUAAGCGUUUUGGUGUAGAUGUGACGUGUGGGGAGAUGGCCGUGUGUACAAACCUGUUACAGGGACAACAGUCUGAGUGGGCACUUCUCAAACGACACGAGUCAGAGGACAUUUUUGGAGUACAGUUAUGUGGAGGUUACCCUGACUCCAUGACCCGCUGUUCCCAGCUGAUCUGUGAAACCAUGGACGUUGACUUCAUAGACAUCAACUGUGGAUGCCCAAUAGACCUCAUCUUUAACAAGGGGGAAGGCAGUGCAUUGAUGGGUCGAACAGGAAAGUUUGAGCAGAUAGUUAACAGUAUGCGGUCAGUGAUGGACGUCCCAUUGACGGUGAAACUGCGUACAGGGAUUUACGACAACAGGAAUAUCGCUCACACUCUCAUGCCUAGGUUGAGAGAAUGGGGCGUUAGUCUUACCACUCUUCAUGGGCGAUCCCGUCAGCAGAGAUAUACCAAACUGGCAGACUGGGACUACAUACAGGAGUGUGCAAAAGCCGCAGCACCCAUGCCUCUAUUUGGUAAUGGAGACAUUAUGUCCUAUGAAGACGCCAAUCUCCGAAGACAGCAGACUGGCGUUGCAGGCUUGAUGAUUGCAAGAGGGGCUCUGAUUAAGCCAUGGGUAUUCACAGAGAUAAAAGAGCAACGUCACUGGGACAUAAGCUCCACAGAGAGAUAUGACAUGUUGAAAGAUUAUGUCAACUUUGGGCUCGAUCACUGGGGCUCGGACAGUCAGGGUGUGGAAAACACCCGCCGGUUCCUGCUGGAGUGGUUGUCCUUCCUGUACAGGUACAUCCCGGUGGGUUUACUAGAUCGUGUCCCACAGCAGAUCAACGAGCGCCCUCCCUACUACAAGGGCCGCAAUGACCUUGAAACUCUGAUGGCAAGCCCCAACUGUGGUGAUUGGCUUAAAAUCAGUGAGAUGUUACUGGGCCCAGUACCAAUUGGGUUUAACUUCCUGCCCAAACACAAGGCUAACGCUUACAAAUGAUGAUGUCACUUCCUGUUUUGUGUGAAAUCAAGACUGUAGAAGAAAAUAAAACCAGACUUCGUUGCA